AUGAACAGCCCAGGGGAACACGGGACCAACUUGGAGUUGCUGACGCCUGGGUGUGCCAAACAGGUUCUGGCCCUCUAUGAGGACAUCAUCAGAAGGUGCAGAUUGAGGAAUAAGGCUGCCGGAAUUUCGCAAGGCGACCUCCAGAUGCGAACCUCGGCCUGGUAUCCCUUUACAUGGGGCGGGGAUCUGGGAGCCAGCGAGAAGCCUGAGUUUCAGAUUGGAUUGCAGAUGGAACGGCAAUGGCUGGAUGCCCUGGCAUACUCCGAGAAGGAGGCCAUCCUUUGGGCUGGGUUUUGGGAGGGAGAAAGCUCGGGACGAGCUACCAAGGAGGCACUCUUUCAGUUUGCAGAUCUACUGGACAGGCAAACUGUGCAUCCAGGUACAGAGCUAGGUCAACUGGUUGAGAAGCAUGACGGCUUGGACCAGUGCAGCUAUCAACGUGCGCACGAGCGAGAGCUACUCCAGAAUUUCUGGACCUGGGCCAGUGCUUCCUUCGUAAGGGGCAUGGUGCGGCAUGGGCAGGAGAGCAUCGUCGCCUUCGUCAACAAGGACGCCGAGGGACCUCGAGCUCUCAGCAAGUCCGUGCUUGCUCAGUGCGAAAUUCCCAGCAUCGGCCAGAUGAGUCUUUUCGCAAAGUCUUGGACGCCUCAUGUGGUCGUUGUGGACUUGAAAGGCACUUGCAAUGUUACGAGCCCCUUCUUGCAAAGGCGCCUGGUGUCCCAAAGCAUGUUGGGCUUCCGGUCAAAGUCUUCGGUCGUCCGGACUAUUGGGGGCAUCAAGUGGUCAUGUGUAGAUUGCUCGGAAUCUGACGGUUGUACACUGGAUGCAUCCCUGGCAGAGUUCCUCAAGGCGGAGCUGGCUGUUCAGAAAUGA